AUGCAAUCUGCGACGGGAGCAGUUUUACAGACACGGUGCGAUUCUAGUCCUGGGACUGGAACGACGAAUAGCACCCAUUGCGGAACCGACUUCUGUACCUGGUGGCAUGGUUCCGGAGAAAUUAACACAAACACUCCCGUACAGCCUGGAAAUGUGCGUCAAUCGCGUAAGUACGCUGUGCAAGUGAGUCUCGCCGGUGCAAACACCUUCUAUGAUUCGUUCGUGUACGAAUCCAUCCCCCGGAAUGGAAACGGCCGCAUCUAUGCUCCUACGGAUCCCCCCAACAGUAACACACUGGAUUCAAGCAUUGAUGAUGGAAUAUCGAUUGAGCCUAGUAUUGGCCUUAAUAUGGCAUGGUCCCAAUUCGAGUACGGUCAGGAUGUCGACGUGAAGAUCCUGGCCACGGAUGGCUCGUCAUUGAGCUCACCAAGCGACGUUGUUAUUCGCCCCGUCUCAAUCUCUUAUGCGAUUUCUCAGUCCAGCGAUGGCGGAAUUGUCAUCCGGGUGCCAGCAGAUGCAAAUGGGCGGAAGUUUUCAGUAGAGUUCAAAGAUGAUCUGUACACGUUCCGCUCCGAUGGCAAUGAAUAUGUCACAUCGGGAGGCAGCGUCGUUGGUGUUGAGCCUACUAACGCACUUGCGAUCUUCGCAAGCCCGUUCCUUCCAUCAGGCAUGAUUCCUCAGAUGACUGAUGCCAACACGCAGACCAUGACACCAGGUCCUAUUAAUAAUGGCGACUGGGGUUCCAAGUCCAUUCUUUAUUUCCCACCAGGUGUAUACUGGAUGAACCAGGACCAGUCAGGUAACUCGGGAAAACUAGGCUCCAAUCAUAUGCGUCUAAAUCCGAACACAUACUGGGUUUACCUUGCACCUGGUGCAUAUGUGAAGGGUGCGAUCGAGUAUUUCACCAAGCAGAACUUCUAUGCAACCGGCCAUGGUGUCCUGUCUGGUGAGAACUAUGUCUAUCAAGCCAAUGCUGGCGACAACUACGUUGCUGUAAAGAGCGACUCCGCCGGCCUUCGAAUGUGGUGGCAUAAUAACCUUGGGGGUGGUCAAACAUGGUACUGUCAUGGGCCAACCAUUAAUGCUCCGCCAUUUAACACCAUGGAUUUCAAUGGAAAUGCGGGUAUCUCAAGCCAAAUCAGUGAUUAUAAGCAAGUGGGAGCCUUUUUCUUUCAGACCGAUGGACCUGAAAUCUAUCCCAAUAGUGUCGUGCAGGACGUCUUCUGGCAUGUCAAUGAUGACGCGAUCAAAAUUUACUAUUCUGGAGCCUCUGUAUCGCGGGCAACGAUCUGGAAAUGUCAUAACGAUCCGAUCAUCCAGAUGGGAUGGUCGGUUCGGGAUAUCAGUGGAGUCACUAUCGAUACGCUGAAUGUUAUCCACACUCGUUAUAUUAAGUCGGAAACGGUGGUACCUUCAGCUAUUAUCGGGGCGUCUCCGUUCUAUGAAAGUGGAUUGAAUACCGAUCCAAGCCAGUCCAUAUCUAUGACCAUUUCAAAUGUUGUUUGCGAGGGUCUCUGUCCAUCCCUAUUCCGAAUCACUCCACUACAAAGCUACAAGAAUUUCGUUGUCAAAAACGUGGCUUUCCCCGACGGACUGCAGACAAAUAGUAUUGGCACGGGAGAAAGUAUUAUUCCAGCCGCGUCCGGCAUAGCGAUGGACCUGGAUAUCUCUAACUGGUCCGUUGGUGGGCAAAAGGUGACCAUGCAGAACUUUCAAGCCAAUAGCCUGGGGCAGUUCGACAUUGAUGGCAGCUAUUGGGGAGAGUGGCAAAUUAGCUAA